AUGGACUACCUCUCAGAUGCCUGGGAGAGGCACAGUCACAGCACGGCCGUGAUCGUAGCCACCACAGCGGUAGCUACCACAGCCAUCAUUACCAUACUCCGACACGCCCUCUAUCCAACCUGGCGGCAGAAGACCUUCCCGUCGCCCCUCCAAACCACCUUACCCAAGCUCGGCGAUGAAGCCAGCAAGCUAGACUACAAGCCCGAUGCCUUCCCAGGCGCCCGGGACGUGCCAACCCCGUACGGCUCCAUGCGCGUCUACGAGUUCGGCCCAGAGACGGGCCGCAAAGCCCUCUUCAUCCACGGCAUCUCCACGUCCUGCCAGACCCUGACCUACCUCGCCCGCGGCCUGGCCGAGUCGGGCCACCGCGUCAUGCUCUUCGACCUCUGGGGCCGCGGCUUCUCGGACGGCGUCGGCGACCUCCCCCACGACGCGCGCCUGUACGCCUCGCAGGCCCUGCUGGCCCUGGCCUCGUCGCCGCUGCCCUGGACCGGCGCCGCCGGCUUCGACCUGGUCGGCUACUCGAUGGGCGGCGGCGUCGCCGUGCACCUCGCCGCCGCCCUGCCGGCCACGGUCCGCUCGCUCGUCCUGCUGGCGCCCGCGGGCAUGAUCCGCGAGGUCAGCUUCGGCGCCGUCGCCCGCUUCGUCUUCCAGAGCGGCUACGUGCCCGACCGCCUGCUCUCGGCCGUCACGCGCCGCCGGCUGCGCAAGCCCAUCGCCAGCAGCGUCAGGAAGAACCGCGGCAUCGUCGAGGCCGAGGAGGACGCCCUGGCCGGCGCCGUGCUGGACGCCAAGACGGCCGAGGCCGUCGAGCUCGCCGCCGCGGAGCUCUCGCACCAGGACGGCGACGGCAACAACGGCGACGGCGCCGAAGCUGACCCGACGCCCCUCAACGCCCGCGUCAUGCGCUACGUCCACUGGAUGAUCGACAACCACGCCGGCUUCGUGCCCGCCUUCCUGAGCUGCGUGCGGCACGCGCCGCUCUUCGGCCAGCAGGACGUCUACAGCGCGCUGGCGGAGCGGCCGGCGCGCAGCGUGUGCGUCGUGCUGGGCCGCAGGGACGAGGUCGUGCACCCGGAGGACUUUGAGGCCGACGCGCUGCCCCUCAUGGGCGGCAGGGAGAAAGUGCCCGACGUCACCGUCGUGGGUGGCGGCCACGACUUCCCCAUGACGCACAGCAAGGAGACGCUCAAGGCGAUGCAGCAGUUCUGGGGUGAGGGUGGGGGAUAG